GAAUCAUAACAAAACUAUAUUACAUUAAUCACCAGCAAUCGGUAUCGCAUGUUGCAUAUAUUAAUUACUAUUUUUUUGUUUUAUCAGUGCAAAUAUUAAUGCAAAUUUUUUCUACUUUUAGUUCAUUUAAUUAAAAACAUUUUGGUCCAACAACAUGUUGUUGUUGUUUGGCUCUGCAAUUCUUUGUUGUACGAAAAAUGUUUUACUAUAUAAAGGGAGGGUAUCGCAUAAUAAAAGUCAAAAAACUUCAAGACUUCAACAUGUCAAAUACUUUACUCAUUCUAAUCGUAAUUGGUGUCGUAGCAGCGCUACAGACUGUGAAUGCAGAAGCAGCUAAAGGUGCAGGCUCGUGUACCGCAAAAGGAUCAUGCAUGGGAGCAGAUUCUGGUAUUGGUGCUGGUAGUUGCACUGGAGAAGGAUCUUGCAAGGGUGCUAACACAGGUACAGGAGCAGGAUCUUGUACGGGCAAAAACUCUUGUGGACUUGAGGGAGCUGGACUUACGGCUGGUACAUGUGUUACUGAAAAUUCAUGUUCUCAAGUAGAAGACAGCAAUGCUUCAGGGAGUGGUUCAGGCAAUGCUUCAGACAGUGGUUCAGGCACUGGGUCAGGCAGUGGUUCAGGGACUGGGUCAGGCAGUGGUUCAGGCAAUGGUUUAUUAGGCAAUCUUUUAGGCAAUCUUUUAGGCAGUGCUCCAGGCAGUGGUUCAGGGAGUGGUUCAGGCAAUGCUUCAGACAGUGGUUCAGGCACUGGGUCAGGCAGUGGUUCAGGGACUGGGUCAGGCAGUGGUUCAGCCACUGGGUCAGGCAGUGGUUCAGCCACUGGGUCAGGCAGUGGUUCAGCCACUGGGUCAGGCAGUGGUUCAGCCACUGGGUCAGGCAGUGGUUCAGCCACUGGGUCAGGCAGUGGUUCAGCCACUGGGUCAGGCAGUGGUUCAGGCAGUGGGUCAGGCAGUGGUUCAGCCACUGGGUCAGGCAGUGGUUCAGGCAAUGGUUUAUUAGGCAAUCUUUUAGGCAAUCUUUUAGGCAGUGCUCCAGGCAGUGGUUCAGGCAAUCCUUGCGUUCCUCGCCGCUGUAACCAAUAAUUUAUUUGGAACUUCUAAUUGUCUAUCAUUUCCGAAAUACAUUUUUGUUAUCAAGUGAA